GUCAAAUUGUUGUUCAGUGUAUCAAUUAUUCUGUUGAUCAUAUGGUUGGUCAAUAUUGUACCAAGUCUCAUUCAAUGGAAAAUCAAUCAAGUCAAUCAUGAUGCAAUGUCUGAAACAAUAGAAGUGUUGUGCAGUAAUAUAUCAAUUACAAAACAGUCAGAAUCAGAUCUUGCUGGUAUAUUACACAAAAUAUAUUCCCCUAUCAGUAAAACAUCCGUUCAAAAAUACCCAUUAAGAUUUAGUUUGGAAGAAAAUAGACUGGAGAAAUUAUAUGAUUCAUUAGGUAUGAAUAAGACGGUGAAGACGUUUCUCAACUAUGGGCAUCGUACAAUUUUCACACCGAUGGAUUUUUCAAAAUGUCAUGCCUCGAAAUGUGCUGUUAUCACUGAUAUGAAUAGAUGGAGAGAAGCUGAUGCACUUAUACUGACAGAAGAUAAAGUGCCGAAAGGAAUUCGACCUCCAGAACAAUUGUGGUUUAGUUUAAUUCAAGAGUCGCCUGUACAUAUUGCUAUGGCAGGUUUUCUGGACAAUGAAGUUAAUUUUACUAUCUCCUUCCGUUUGGAUUCAACGAUUUAUUCACCAUACGGUUUCUAUGAGCCAUUAAAUAUCGCUAGUGGGAAAUCAAAAAAAGUUGCAUGGUUUGUGAGUAACUGUAUACCGAAAAGUCCAAGAAUGCAAUAUGCCAAAGAACUUUCACGACAUAUCUCAGUUGAUAUUUAUGGUGAGUGUGGUACAUUAUCAUGUCCAAAGUAUAUUCCAACUUUCACCUCAUCAGUUGGCUGCUUGAAAAUGAUGCGCGAAAACUAUAAGUUUUAUUUGAGCUUUGAAAAUAGUUUGUGCAGUGAAUAUGUAACAGAGAAGUUGUAUAAAAAUGCACUGAAGUAA